AUGGUGGAUAUGGAGGCCUGUAUUAAUCGGUUAGGCUUUUUAAAUGUAAUUGGAAUCCCAUCUGAGGGAAUUGGUGGUGGCUUUUGUCUGGCUUGGAGGGAUGCUGGGUUGAUUGAAAUUCAACAGGGAGCCGUGGGUGGUGUUAGGAGAUUUCGGAGCCGUGAAGGGGAACUGUUAAGGAAUUUUCUUCAUGAGGCUGGGGGUGUGGAUUUGGGAUUCCAGGGAGUGAGGUGUACUUGGAAAAAUGCGAGGAAGGGUGAAAAGAACAUUCGCAAGCGUCUUGAUAGGGGUUUAGCGGAUUCUUCAUGGUGUACAAGCUUCCCAAAUGCUAAAAUUCUGAAUCUCCCUAUCUUAGGAUCGGAUCAUUCUCCAAUUCUUCUAUCGAAUUCAGAAGUUCAGUCGAAGCUUAACUAUCCUUUUCGUUUCCUGGAAGUGUGGACCUCAAGCCCGGAGUGCGAAAAGGUUGUGAAUGGGGCUUGGAAGUUUGAGGCGAGAGGAAGAAUUGAUGAAGUUUUGCUCAAGAAAUUGGGGAAUACAAAACGUGAGCUGAAAAGAUGGAAUCAAUUGUCGUUUGGCUUCUGUGAUAAAAAUUUAAAGAAACUUAAAUCGGAGCUGGGCGAUAUUCAAAAUCAAUGGCCUUCUAAGGAAAAUUUGGAAAAGGAGGCUACUGUUCAAUUGAGUAUCUUGGAGAUGGAAGCAAAUUUGGAGAGGAUUUGGAAGCAAAAAUCAAGGGAAAAUUGGAUCCACAAUGGUGAUGGCAAUACCAAAUUUUUUCACGCGUCCACGGUGAUCCGGAGAAGAAGAAAUACUAUUGAUCGAGUGGAAAAGAAUGGGGAGUGGCUUCUUAGUCGCGAGGAGAUUGGGAAUUACUUUAGGGAGAAUUUUAUGCAAGUGUAUGAAUCCCAAAACCCGAGCAUUGGCAGAGACUUUGACACUCUGUUCUUGGAGAGUGUUACGGAUGGGGAAAACGCAGACAUUAGCAGAUGCCCGACUGUGGAAGAAAUCAAAGCUGUGGUCUUUCAGAUGCAUCCUCUCAAAUCUCCGGGACCGGAUGGAUUCUCGAGCAUCUUUUACAGAAAAUAUUGGCAAAUUGUUGGAGCAAAAGUUUGUGAGAUGGUGCAAGGCUUCUUUGAAGAUCCUACAGUGAGUAAAAAUCUGAAUCAUACUUUCUUGUGCUUAAUUCCUAAGAUAAAUAAUGCUACUCGUUUUGAUCAAUUCCGCCCUAUUAGCUUGUGUAAUUUUUGCUACAAAAUUAUUUCCCGCAUUGUUACGGACCGAUUAAAGGUGGUCAUUGAUAGAUUGGUUUCUCCCUACCAAUCUGCCUUUAUCCCGGGUAGAUGGAUAGCGGAAUGCUCUAUCAUGGCCCAAGAGGUUCUCCAUAGUUUCAAGAGAAAGAAGGGUAAACAGGGAGUGAUGGCGACUAAGACGGAUAUGAGCAAAGCGUAUGAUCGCUUGGAAUGGAGUUUUCUCUUUCGAGUCUUGAAAGCGAAUGGUUUUAGUGAUCAGGUGUGCUCCAUUAUUAUGGGUUGUGUGACUUCUGUGUCUUAUUCGGUGCUCCUCAACGGAGCGCCUUUGGCUCCCUUCAAUCCUAAACGUGGUCUGCGCCAAGGAGACCCGCUAUCGCCGUAUCUCUUUAUUUUGUGUAGUGAGGUGCUUUCGAAACUGAUUUGUAGAGCUGAACAAAGAGGGGAUUUGUCUGGUGUCAAGGUGUCUCGUGAAGCAAUGCCUAUUACCCAUCUUUUUUAUGCGGAUGAUGCUAUUUUCUUUUGCAAGGCUAAUGGUUCAAAUGCAAAAGCAAUUUUACAAUGUAUUAAUACUUAUGAACUUUGGUCUGGUCAGAAGGUAAACAAAGGAAAAAGUGGAGUGGUUUUUUCAUCUAACACCCCUCAAAGGAAUAAAGAUGAACUAAAAUCUAUGCUGGGUAUGAAUGGGCUCGGGCCUCAAGAGAAAUACUUGGGUAAUCCGUUCUUCUUUUCGGCUAAUAAGCGCAGUGACUUUAAGUUUUUGAAGGAGAAGAUUGUAUCUCGGCUUGAGGGGUGGAAGGCUAAGAAUCUUUCUCAAGCGGGUCGAACUACUUUGGUUAACUCGGUCCUUCAAAGUAUCCCGGGUUAUUUCAUGUCAACGGCUCUAGUUCCAAAGUCGGUUUGUGAGGAUCUUGAUAGAGUGGUGGCCAAGUUUUGGUGGAUAGGAAACUCGGAAAAACAGCGUUAUCGGGCGUACAAGAGUUGGAAUGAGAUAUGUCAACCUAAACGUUGCGGGGGCCUUAGGUUAAGAAGGUUCAGCGAGAUUAAUAUAGCCUUAUUAGCUAAGUUGGGAUGGAUGGUGCUUACGGGUGUUAACAAACCUUGGGUAAGACUCCUUGAGUCGAAGUACUGUCAAGGAUUAGAUGUUUGGCAAGUGGAUAAAAGGUCAGGGGAUUCGAGAGCUUGGAGGGGAAUUCUUGAGGCAAGACAUGUUUGUAUUGAGGGGGCUGGUGUCCUAAUUGGUGAUGGGGAGACUGCUCUUUGGGAGCGGCCUUGGGUUCCUGGUAAAUCUAUGGAAGAGGUUCGGAAUGGCUUCCACUAUACUCGGAGACAUGCUUUUGUCAAGGUCUCGGACUUAUUCUUAGAAGGUUCGAGAGUGUGGAAUGAAGAGCUUAUUAGAGCUAGCUUUGAUGAAGAUGUGGCCUCGGCUAUUCUAGGCAUCAGGCCGUUGUUGAGCAGUGGAGAUAUCAUCUUUUGGAAGGGGUCCAAGUCUGGGCAUUUCACGGUGAAAAGUGGCUAUUGGGUAAGUCAAUGUGGCAGAUUUAAGAGUCCCCUCAAGGUCUGGGAGAGAUUAUGGCAGUCUAAUAUUCAUCCUCGUUUGAAACUGGUCCUAUGGAAAGCCUGGUCUGAUAUAUUACCUUCCAAACUUCGUUUGGGUUUGGUAGAUAAAAGCUGUCCAUUUUGUCAUGAGGAAACAGAGUCUGUGCUUCACUUGUUCUGUUUCUGCAGUGUUGCACGUGCUGUGUGGUUUCAAAGUGCCUGGGGAAUUCGUGUGGAUGACUUGCACUGGGAGGAAAUCUCUCAUUUUGGUUGCUGGUGGGCCCAAGCAAAGGAUGAAAGGCUUCUCUUAUUCUCAGCCUGUCUUUGUGAGAUGAUUUGGAAGUGGAGAAACAAGAUCAUUUUCCAAGGGUGUUCUUUCUCUUUGGCGAAAUUGAUUUCAGAUAUUAAUCUCAGAGUUAAGGAGAUGGAGAUGCGGAUGGCGCCUUUGAAACUUAUGGAUCGGUCUCAGGAUAUUGACGUAGAGUUGGAUUUUCAGAAUAUUGAUGACUUGCAGUGUUUCUUCUCGGAUGCAUCUAUCUUGAAUGGGGCUGCUGGUGUUGCAGCUGUCAAGGUUAAUGUUGCUGAUGUUGGGGAAUCUUGGGUUGCUUCUCGCUUCCAUACGGUUUCUGGGGUUCUCGAAGGGGAGCUGUUGGCUAUUUACUUGGCUCUACAAAUGGCGUGCGAAUUGGGGGCUAAAAAGAUCAAAGUCCUGUCGGACUCUAAGGUGGCGAUCAUGGACUUGAAAAAUGGCUGUUUGCCUUAUGCUUGGGGCACUUACCCUGUUUUUGAAUCUUGUCGAUGUAUUUGUAAGUGUUUUGAUCUUGUUGUGUUUGUGCAUUGCCCUCGGUCUGAGAACCGUGUGGCUGAUGCUGUAGCGGGUUGGGCGAGAUGUGCCAUGGCCUGCUCUGAAGGCCUGCUAAAGGACUUAGCUCCUGCAGUUGCCGCAAGUCUGAUGUAG